AUGCCGGCCGGCUUUUUGUUAGAAGCCGGUGCGGAGCAACAGAGCGACGUGCUUCCGAUAACGCGAGCGACGGGAACUGGCGUGAGGGGAGCCCGCAGCCGGCCGCGGAGAGCCCCCGCUCACCCCCGCCCUGGACUCUCUAUAAAAGUGGCGUGCACCGCCAGCAGCGGCAGUCCGUCACAGAAAGCGACAGGGUCGGGUGGGUCGAACGGUGAGCCGAGGGUGAGAGACAAGCCCUGUGGUUACGAGAUCAGAUCUGAUGAGGUCGUGUUAACUUCGGACAUUUUCUAUUCCCAAACGAUCUCUAUACUUUAG